CUCAAAAUCUCAACCAACUUAUCAGUAAAGGAUCACUUAAACGAUCAAAAGAAUGAACAACGACGAAGAAUUUCUUCGGCAAUGGUCUGAGAUGCUGAACUCGCUCGCUAAUCCAGAGGUGAGUAGUGACUUGCGUAAGAUCAACAACGAAGGAGGUGAAGAGGAUGUAAGGCAAAAGAGGCCAGCUGAGUCGAAGAGAGAAGGAAAGAAGAAGCGAGUUAAGAGACAGUGCGUGUCUAAAUCUUCAGACAAAUCUGAUCAUGAUACCUUGUUGAAGAAGACGAUGCGGCGGGAACGUAUAAGAAGCCAACUAGAAACACUAAAGGAAUUAACACCCAAUUGCCCACAGUCGGAUAUCAACGCCAUCCUUGAUUGCGUUAUCGAGUACACGAAAAACUUGCACCUUGCAGUACUUUUUGCAGCGUUACAUGAGUUCGCAGGGAAUAUGUGACGAUCGACUGGAGACUGUUUACUGAAGCUGGUGCCGUUUAGUAUGAUAUACUUAGAAGGGUUUUUUCUUUAUGAUAAAAUUAUAUACUCGAAAGUGUCUAUUAGCUAAGUUGUUCUCAUUCUCUCAGUUGUUCUUUGUUGGUUUAUUAUAAUAAAACUGUAUGUUUUUG